AUGGAGACCAGCGCGUCUUACACGGGGAUUCACCAACCUCAAGCUGGACCUUCUAGGAAGCGUUCAAAUGCAGAUACUGUACGAGAAUUAAAUUCAAUUAUAAAUAAGGAGAGCUCAAAAACGAAACUACGUAGAUUAGCUGCACGAAAGAAAGAUGAAGUAAAACCGUUCAAUCCGAUUUGCUCACAGACUACUUUACAAUCAUGCAAAAUCAUGAGGGAAACAUGUGAUAAAGCACAUUACGAACCUAUCAUAAGACCUUGGACGGAUAUUUCACUAGGAUAUUGCUCGUACUUGAAUCUGUGUUAUGGAGAUCCGAUGUUUGUGAAUAAUCCUUCGCUGGGAGAAGGUAAUGGACCACGAGGAGGAGUGAAGGAGUGUCGAUACAUGCAUUUUCAAGUCGUUCCUUCUUCAUCUCCUGGUUCCGUGUCUCCACACGAUACUGCGAAAACCCCAAUAUUACCUGAAAGGAUUAGAAAGAAAUUAUUGAAUGAGACUGAAGAACGAGAUGGUGAUGUAGAAAAAUAUACCCCACCACCUGUGGCUCAGUGGAUCAACUGUGAUAUAAGAAGUUUUGAUUAUUCGCUACUCGGACAGUUUCAAGUUAUAGUCGCUGAUCCGCCUUGGGAUAUUCAUAUGUCUCUACCAUAUGGGACUAUGACCGAUGAUGAAAUGCGUUCAUUACCACUUCGUUCACUACAACCUGAUUGGGGCAUCAUAUGUUUGUGGGUUACUGGACGAGCUAUGGAACUAGGUAGAGAAUUGUUCGCUGCUUGGGGAUAUAGAAGGGUCGAUGAGUUAGUUUGGGUCAAAACGAAUCAGCUGCAAAGGUUGAUACGGACAGGAAGGACCGGUCAUUGGUUGAACCAUACAUGCGAACAUCUACUUGUAGCACUCAAACUACCUGCCGAUCACCCCAAAAAUGCUCCUAUACCAUGGGACUCACAUCCUACUUUACGUCAAUUACGAAAAGGUGUAGAUACAGAUGUCGUGGUUGCCGAAGUUAGAGAAACGAGCAGGAAACCCGACGAGGUUUAUGGUGUGAUUGAGAGAUUAGCACCGCAUGGUAGAAAAUUGGAACUUUUCGGUAGAAAACAUAAUACGAGACCUGGCUGGCUUACUUUGGGUAAUCAACUGGGAGAUUCUCAAAUUGCGGAAGAAGAUUUACAUGAUAGGUUAUCUCAAAAAUAUCCAUCUCAGCGAUUUGUUUUCGUGUCGAUAUGA